ACCUCCCGCGACCUGGCAUACCAUCACUGCUUCUCCCCUGCUCAGUCCUCCAAGCCGACCCUGCCGUUCUGUCAUGGAUUCCCAUCCACGUCCCGCAACUGGCGACAUAUUGUGCCUCGUCCGAGGGAUAAGGGUUACGGCGUGCUCGCUCUCGACAUGCUCGGCUAUGGCGGGACCGACAAGCCUACAGACCCGGCGGCGUAUAUCCCGAGUUUAAUAUCCAAAGACAUUGUCGAUAUCUUGGAUGCUGAGAAGCUUGGCAAUGCUAUUGCCGUCGGCCAUGACCUGGGCUGUAAGGCAAUCUCGCGCCUUGCAAACUAUUAUCCCGAGCUUAUCCUCGCCUACGUGUUCUUCGCCGUCUCCUUCGUACAAGUGCUGCCCCCGAUGGACUUCGAAGUGUUCCAGGGUCUCCUGAAGAAGCAGCCCGGGUACGAGACGUUAGGCUACUGGAAAUUUUUGAGUGAGCCGGGCGCGAACAAGGUCAUACAGGCACACGUAGCCUCGUCCUACAACUACUUAUGCGUCUCGCAUAUUGAUUCGUUUGUCGGUGUCACCUUCUUUCACGAUUUUAAGACUUGGAUAGAGCGCCUGGCCCCGACGGACGUGCUCAAACAGAGCCCACUCGAAGAUUUCAUUGCGUCUCGACCAUCUUACUUGUUUGAGGAAGACAUGAAACACUUCGUGGAGACGUUCAGGCGCGACGGCUUUGCGGCGCCGACGUGCUGGUACAAAAUCGUAACGAGCCAGCUGUCCGCCAAGGACGACCAGCAGAUCAUUCCCGAGCGCAAGUUCCCACCAGCCAGCGCGCCGAUCUACUUUGGCGAGGCGAAGCAUGACUAUACCUGCCCUCCCAAGAUCGGAUACGCGUCCUUUACGUGGGAGGUGUUCAGUAGGCACAGUGUAACGAUGAAGGAAUACGGCGCGGACCACUGGCUAAUUCUCUCCCAUGGUGGCGAGAUAUCCCGCGAUCUUGAGAAAUGGAUCGAAGGCACCGUUGCCACGAAAGCCAAGCUUUGA